GCACGAACUUUCAUAUUCACAGCUCCAAUUUGACAAAAGUGUCUUUAAUUCAAGUCCAUCCUUUUGACAAGCCUUUGCAGCUUUGAUUGAACUGUGAAUCUUGCAUUGAAGCGACUGGAAUCACAUUGCGCUUCCCCUUUGACCUGGUAUCUUUCAUCACGGUACCUGCCUGCCUGGAUUGCCCCGCCACAACCCAAGUGGCUGUGCGCGACUUACGUUUCUCGUUUCAAAGGACGUCAAAUUCAUCAACCUCGUGAUCAGUUGCACGUCCUCACGAUUAACGAGUCGAUGUAUCUUAUGUUGCCGCUACGCAAAUAAUCUACGAUAAUCCACCCCGGCCUGGGUAACGGCCAACACCGGACAAGAUGUUGGAAAGUUUGGUAGCCAACCUUCUCAACCGCUUUCUGGGUAUGUACGUCAAGAAUUUCGACCCAAAGCAACUCAAUGUCGGUAUCUGGUCCGGAGACGUCAAGCUGCGAAACCUUGAACUCAAGCGUGAGGCGCUCGAUCAGCUCCAUCUGCCGAUCAAUGUGGUGGAGGGUCGACUGGGCGAGCUGACACUGUCGAUACCCUGGUCAAAUCUCCGAGGCAAGCCUGUACGAGUCAACAUUGAAGACGUCUUUCUUCUUGCUGCGCCCAAGGAGGAGGAUGACUACGAUGCCGAGGAGGAGGAGAAACGCAACGUAGCUGUCAAGCUCGAAAAGCUCGAGGGCGCCGAGUUGUUGAAGGAACGGAACACGGAGGCCAUGAGCCCUGAGGAGGCACAGAAGAACCAAAGCUUCACGCAGAGUGUGGUAACCGCGAUUGUGGACAACCUCCAGGUCAGCAUCAAAAACAUCCACGUUCGAUAUGAGGAUUCUAUAGCUACUCCUGGCCAUCCCUUCGCGGUGGGACUCACACUUAAAGAAAUGAGCGCUGUGAGUACAGACUCUGACUGGCGUCCAACAUUCAUACAAUCCACAUCGGGAACGACCCACAAGCUUGCAGUCCUCAAUUCUCUGGCUCUGUACUGGAACAGCGAUGCCGAUUUGUUCGGGACUGGAAAAGGUGGCGACGUUGGUGCAGACGCGCAAGAGAUUGACAAAGACGAAAUGAUACGGCGUUUCAGGGAUGGCAUCGAGAAUACUGGUAACUCCCAAUACCUUCUUAAACCAGUCAGCGGACGAGCCGGAAUUGAAAUCGAUAAAACUGGUAAGACGGACAAGCCGAAGAUGAAAGCACGGCUACUGUUCCAAGAGCUUGGAUUUAUCCUCGACGAAGACCAAUACCGCGAUGCCUUGAUGCUUGUCGAUCUCAUGCAUUAUUUCAUUCGCCAUCACCAGUACACAAAAGAUCAGCCGAAGAAGAGUCCCAAAGAAGAUCCGAGAGCCUGGGUCAAAUUUGCGGGAAACGCCGUUCUUGACAAGAUUAAAGACCGCAACCGCAAAUGGACAUGGGAUUACUUCAAAGAGCGAAGAGACACACGCUUGCGCUAUAUUGAACUCUUCAAGAAGAAGAAGAAAGAGCAGAAAAUGACCGAGCCGGAAACUAAAGAAUUGAACGACCUGGAAUUCAAGCUGAGUUAUGAAGAUUUGCGUUUUUGGCGGUCGCUAGCCCGUAGUCAGCUACGCAAGGAAAACGUUGGAGUCAAGAAGCCUGCGAAAAAGCAGACUUGGGGCCAAUGGGCGUGGGGCUCCAAACCAUCAGCUGCGCCUGCCGACGGCGACGAAUCCGGCAUGACGGAGGAACAGCGCAAGGAACUCUAUAAAGCAAUAGACUGGGAUGAGAAGAAGGCAAUCGCGGAAAGCGUCGAUUUACCCCGGGAAACAAUCAAGUUGCAAGUCGAGUCGAGCCUGAAGACCGGCAGUUUCACGUUGAAGCGAGAUCCUCAUGGCAAAGCAAACGAGAUUCUCAAGCUGGUCUUUGACGAUUUCCGAGUCAAAGCGCUGCAACGUCCGGACUCGCUGUUGGCUGACCUAGCGCUGGGCGGAUUCCGUGUCUACGAUGGCACCACGGAGGGAAGUCUCUUCCCACAGAUCGUCAAAGUCAAGGGCGCGGAAGAGCAAUCUAAGGACGAUGCAAAAGGGGAUGACGGAGCAGAUAGCCUCGAGGACAACACUGAUGCGACUGAAGAAGCCUCCGAGAAACAAGAUGCCGAAAACACCCUGUUCCACUUGGUUUUCGAGAAUAACCCUCUUGACGAAAGCGCUGACACCAAAGUCAUGCUGAAGUUGAAGAGUCUCGAAUUCAUUCACAACCCGAAAUUUGUCGUGGAGAUAGCGAAGUUCUUCAAGCCUCCGGAACGGCAAAUGGAGUCGAUUGGUGCUUUACUAGAGUCCGCCGGGGCAACUGUCGAGGAACUUCGACAGCAGACUCGAGCCGGCCUUGAAUUUGCCUUGGCAGAACACAAGACCAUCAACGCGAACGUGGAUAUCCAAGCUCCAAUCUUCAUCAUCCCUGAAAGCAUCACGGAAGAGAGCACACUCUGCAUGAUUCUUGAUGCUGGUCACGUAAGCCUCAACAGCGAGCUCGUUGACAAGGAAACCAUGCAAGACAUACAUUCCAAGGAGAAACAAAAAUACACCGAGGAGGACUUUAAACAGCUCGAGGGUCUGAUGUACGAUAAAUUCCACCUCAAGCUCGACUCCACGCAGGUGUUGAUCGGACCCGGUAUUGAAGCUACUAGGGCGCAACUUGAACGUCAGGACGAUUCUCAGAACAUGCACAUUAUCGACCGGAUAAACAUGGCUUUCCUCAUCGAAAGCUCCAUCGUUCCAAAAGCAACCGAUAUCACGAAGAUGCGUAUCUCUGGCACUCUGCCAGUUCUUCACGCUUCUAUAUCGGACAAGAAAUACAAGAAUCUCAUGAGACUGUUAGAGGUCGCCAUCCCGAAGUUCGAAGAUUCAGGAGAAAAGCCUCAUGAAACAGCACCGAAAGCCAUCGAGGCCCCCACCCAGGCAGAGGAUCCUCGAGCCAAGAGGAAAUCUGUGCAACUUCUCGAAGCGAAGGAUCUGCCGGUCAUUGAUGCCGAGUCAGAUAACGAAGAUGCACCAUCCAAAGAGGUUUCUAAACCUAAGAAACCGGAUACUCCUGAUACUCCUGCCAAUAUCCAUCAGCGUAAUUUUGAGCUCAACUUCACAGUUGAAAAGCUACAGGCGUCUCUCUACAAAGCUGAUCCGGAGGGCAAGAAGCCAGAUCAGCUUUUGGUGGAGCUCGUCGUGGAACACUUCUUCUUCGAUUUCUACCUGCGACCGUACGAUAUGGUUGCCGAGGUUCAGUUGCGCUCUUUGACCGUUGAUGACCACAUCGAAGAAGAACCGUUGCCGGAGUUCAAGCAGAUCAUCUCGUCGAAAGGCUUCCAGGCCGAGGAAGGCAAGGACUUGCUCAAUGUCAAAUUCGUGAAAGUCAAUCCAGAAUCGCCGGAGUUCAAAUCUACUUAUGAGGAGAUCGCUACAAAUCUCGACGUGUCUAUGUCAACAAUCAAUGUCAUUGUAACAAGAAGGACGCUUCUGACAUUGCUCGAUUUCGUGCUUACAACCUUUGCCGCACCCCCGGGUCAGGACCAAGCUCAAAUUGAUGACAAAGAACACACCGACGUGGCCGAAGAGGAAUCUGCGCCUCAGCCGGAACAAAAACAGCAAGACAAGAUCAGGAUCAAGGCUACCUUGACCAGUAUAGCCCUUAUCUUGAACAAUGAUGGGGUCCGCCUUGCCACAUUAUCGCUAAAUUCUGGUGACGUUGGCGUGUUCCUCGAUGCUGGCACCAUGCAAAUCAAAGCAAGGCUGGGCAGUCUAUCCUUGGUUGAUGAUGUCAAUCAGGGAGCGCCCGAGGACUCACCCCUGCGCCGCCUGAUUGCAAUUGAGGGGGAUAACCUUGCAGACUUCAAGUACCAGACCUUCGAUUCGUCUCGAGAGGACUAUCCUGGGUAUGAUUCCGGCAUUUACUUGCGCUCCGGUUCAAUCAAGAUCAAUUUCUUGGAAGAGCCCCUGCGAAAGAUCAUGGAGUUCGGCGUCAAGUUCGGCAAAAUGCAAGCAAUCUUCAAUGCUGCGAGACAAGCAGCAGCAGAACAGGCUACUCAGGUACAGCAGAGCGCACAGAAGAUGCAUUUCGACAUUCUGGUGUCCACGCCCAUCGUGGUCUUCCCAAGGGCCAUGGUGGAUGAAAGGCCUCGCGACUUGCUGACUGCUUAUCUUGGUGAGAUAUAUGCCAACAAUAAAUUCGUUGGAGUCCAAGGACAGGAGGGUGGACCCCUUGUGAACAAGUUGUCAGCCGGCGUAAGACACAUCCGCUUGACAACUGAAUUCCACUAUGAUGAUGGACAGUCCCAGGAAUUGGAGAUGAUCGACGCUGUCGAUCUGGAAUUCAAAAUCAGAUAUCUCGAACAUCAAGCCGGCCUGGAAAGACCAGAUCUAGAAAUUGACGGCUCGAUGUCUCCCAUCAACCUCCGGGUAUCUCAGACCCAGUUCAAACUCCUGAUGGAGCUUUCCAAGACCAUCCCGGCAGCUUUCGCGACCGAAGAUGAGUCCGAGGAGGAAAUUGCUGAAGAGCUACCAGCUUCCACCGCCGAACCUGCCAAAGCCAUCCAGCAGGAAGAAACCUCGGAUUCCACCGAGCUUACUCAUCAAGGUCCAGAACUCGGAUCCAGUGACGAGACUUGGACGAAGCUGAAUCUCGUAUUCAAAGCCCCAAUGCUCAGUCUUGAGCUCAUGCUAGCAGAGGAGGAUGAGCCGCUAGAAAAUUUCGAGGCAGCCAGCAUUUCCAAGUUCUCGCUGAACGAGACGCAUGUCAAACUGCGUAUGGUCAGUGAUGGUGCUAUGGAGGCCGAGCUACUCAUUCACUCAUUCACAAUCCGCGAUAGCAGAAAGAAAGAGACCAACAAAUUCCGGAAGAUAAUGUCCUUGAUCAACACCGACGUACAACAACAAUUCAUGGCCAGCGUAUCAAUAUCGGGUGGCCAAGACAAGCACAUGAUUGUCAUGUUUACGAUCGACAGCCCUCGCAUUAUCGUUGCUCUGGACUAUGUUUUCGCUCUCCAGGCUUUCGCCAAUUCAGCGUUCCAAUCCGAUGAUCCUCCCCCAAUUGCAGAAGUGGAAGACUUGACUGAGGAUGGCAGCGAUAGUCCAGCAGAGGAAAAUGAUCAGAGACAGCUUACAACAACUGAUGACGAAUCGAACUCUGCUGGCUCAAUGAGCAUGUCAUUCAGAAUCAAUGUGGUGGACGCUCAGAUCAUCUUGAUCGCCAAUCCCACCAUCUCCAACAGCGAAGCCAUUGUUCUUGGUACGAAGGAAGUCCUUGUCAGCAAACAAAAUGCAACAACAUUGCAAGUCUCAAAGGUCGGCAUGUUUCUAUGUCGUAUGGACAAGUUUGAAACCAGCCGUCUGAGAAUCCUUGAUGAUUUCAGCAUUCACAUGUCCAUGGAGAACCGAAGUCAAGGCAAAGAUUCUUCCAUGACCUCCAUCAGCAUUGAAGUCGAGCCGCUUGUGCUUCGACUCUCCCUACGCGACAUUCUCCUCGCCAUGCAAAUUGUGAGCAAGGCGUCUUCUACACUUCCGGAGCCCAAGGCGCACCAAGACACAGAACCGAAGAAACUGAAGGAGGUGAAGCAGUCCACCAAAGCUCCAUCCAUCAAACGCAAAUCAAUUGCAGGGAAGACAAUGACGACAGCGCACAAGAGUACCCGGUCGAAGUCUGUGUCGAAACCUGACGGAGCACAGCAGGCGGCCAAAAAGUCCGUGGUCAUGAGCAGAGAAGAGAUGAUUGCCUCGGUCGAUGGUAUAAGGGUCAUCCUCAUCGGUGAUCUGCACGAACUUCCGUUGUUGGAUUGGAGUGUCAAGAAGUUCCAAGUUGAUGUUCAGAAUUGGUCGAAUGCAAGGACAGGAGACGCCAAAUUUGACACUUUCAUCAAUGUGUACAAUUUCUCGAAAUCAGCAUGGGAGCCUUUGAUCGAACCAUGGAAGUUUGGUUUUCACAUGUCCAAGGAACUACACCCUGAAGUAAUGUCAAUGGAGCUGUAUUCGCACAAAAACAUGGAGCUUACAGUAACCUCGGCGACGAUAGCUCUGGCUUCAAAGUCAUUCAAUUUCUUGUCGACUGAUGAAGACAUCCUCUCGAAACCAAGAGUGGCGGAUUCACCAUAUCGAAUCCGCAACUACACAGGUUUCGAUCUCAGUGUUUGGGCGGAUGAGAAGAGCGACAGUGCAUCUGCAGCCAAGUUGAGCGAUGGAGAAGAAUAUGCCUGGCGCUUCGAGGACGCUACGUCGAUGCGUGAAAGCCUCACCCCAGAAGGCAAUGCCGGUCUUGUUGGGGUCAAGCUGGAGGGAAGUGGAUUUGAUAGUGUCACUCGCAUACCUGUCAUACGUGAAGGAGAAACGUUAUACAACCUCAAACCACGCAAAGACAGCAUCCAGCACCGCAUGCUGGUCGAGAUCCGACUGGGAUCUGACAAUGUCAAGUACAUCACCUUCCGGUCCCCACUGCUGGUCGAGAACAAAACUCAAAUACCGAUUGAGGUCGGUGUGUACAGUCCAGAGGAGGGCAAUCUUCUCAAAAUUGAGAAAGUGGCUCCUGGUGAUGCCAAACCGGCACCUGUUGGAGCGGCUUUCGUCCACUCCCUGGUGGUCAGACCGGACCAAGGAUUCGGCUACGGAUGGUCCAAUGAGCGUUUGUUCUGGAAAGACCUUCUGAAGAGGUCUACAAGAACGCUUACUUGUCAGACUGAAGGACGCGAUGAAUCACCUCCAUUUUUCUUCCAGAUGCAUGCCUCUUAUGAUCGGCAGGAUCCCAUGACGAAAGUUUAUCCGUAUAUGCGGAUACAAAUAUCGGCCCCUGUGGAAGUUCAAAAUCUCCUUCCUUACGACUUCAAGUACCGCAUUUACGACAAGAACACGAAGAAGGACUGGACCAACUUCCUGCGAAAAGGAGGAGUCAGCCCUGUUCAUGUGGUUGAAUUGUCUCACCUGCUCCUUCUCAGCGUGGAAAUUGAGGAUACUCCCUUCAAGCAGAGUGACUUCGCCAUAAUCAACAGCAACACGCAGGAAGAAUUCCGCCGUGAGAAGGCUUUGGUAAUGAAGGAUGAGAACGGAGCACAACUCCGGCUCAAACUUCAUUACACUAACAUUAAAGAAAGCGGAGGUGCAUUCAAAGUUUCAAUCUACAGUCCCUAUGUCUUACUGAAUAAGACUGGACUUGACAUGAGCGUUCAAAGUAAAGCAUUUUUUGGACAAUCGAAGACGGCGGCAGCGCAAGGCGCACGUACCAGUUCGGGUCACGGAAAAGCCCUCCCUAUGCUCUACUCUUACGGAACCGAUGACCGCAAGAAUCGGUCUCUUCUGAAGAUUGGAGACUCCAGCUGGAGCAAGCCGCAGAGUUUCGAUGCUAUCGGCAGCGCUUAUGAAGUUGUGCUGCCAUCUGCCAAGGGCCAAUCCGAACUUCACGUAGGUGUGUCUGUUACGGAGGGAGAAGGCAAGUACAGCUUGAGCAAGGUUGUCACGAUCGCCCCUCGUUUCAUGCUCAAGAACAAGAUAGGUGAGGAUAUUGAACUGCGCGAGCCUGGCUCAUCGGAUGUCAUCAAGAUGGACAACAACGCACUCGUCCCACUAUACUUCGUGCGACAGACCCCAGAGAAACAGCUUUGCCUCUGCUUCCCCGGUGUCAACAACCAGUGGUCAUCUCCAUUCGACCUGGCCAAUGUUGGCAUGACCCAUAUCAAGUUAGCCAAACACGGUCAGAGACAGAAGCUCAUCCGGGUUGAGAUCAUCCUGGAAGACGCAACACUGUUCUUACACUUCAGCGUUGAGACGAAGCACUGGCCAUUUUCGAUGCGGAACGAGAGCGACACCGAGUUCUUGUUCUUCCAGGCCAAUCCAAAUGUCGCAGAAGAUGACGAGGAAGACCGUGGUAGCGGCUGGAAGCCUAUUCGGUAUAAGUUACCACCCAGAAGCAUCAUGCCUUAUGCCUGGGAUUAUCCAGCCUCGAAGAACAAAGAACUCGUCCUUACUGCAAAAGGCCGCGAAAGAUAUGUCAAGUUGAUGGAAAUAGGCAACUUGAUACCAAUCAAGUUACCUCCGGACCAGCCUGGUGGAAACAUGAAGGUGAUCGACGUCAACAUUGUGGCAGAGGGACCAACGCAGACCCUAGUGCUCUCCAACUACAAGCCAUCAAAGUCGCUCUAUCGUCAGAAGACAAAUGCGACCACAGGAUCACAGACAAGCCUAAGCCAAGGGUUUGAGGUCAAGCAAAUCGAGUCAGAAAUCAACUUCAAGGCCGAACUUCGCCUCGCCGGUAUUGGUAUCUCUUUGGUGAACACCAAACUGAGAGAGCUUGUGUAUCUCACUUUCCGAGAGAUCGAGUUCAAGUAUGGUGACUCGAAACUAUAUCAGACACUAAACGCUACGGUCAAGUGGAUUCAAAUCGACAAUCAGCUCUACGGCGGCAUCUUCCCGAUCCUGCUCUAUCCAAGCGUGGUGCCAAAGACUGGAAAGGAAAUGGAAACUCAUCCUAUCUUCCACACUAUGGUGACUCGGGUCAAGGAUGACUCAUACGGCGUGCUAUACAUCAAAUACGCGACUCUUCUCCUUCAGCAGAUCACGGUCGAGCUCGAUGAAGACUUCAUUUUUGCCAUGCUUGAUUUCGUGAAAGUCCCUGGUGCAUCCUGGGCCGAGGAGAAGGAAGGAAAGCUUUGCGACGAGGAUCUCGACAUCCCGGAACCAACAAGAGAACAGCAAGGCCAAGAAGUCUACUUCGAGCUUCUUCACCUACAGCCGAUCCAAUUGGACCUUUCCUUUGUCAGAACCGAGCACGUCAAUGCCGAAGACAACUUUGUCAACAGUCCACUGAUGUUCUUCGUGAACGUUAUGACUAUGUCCAUCGGCAACGUCAACGAUGCCCCCAUCAAGCUCAACGCACUCAUGCUCGAAAAUGCAAGGGUGUCUGUUCCAGCGUUGAUGGCCAACAUUCAGAACCACUACACGCAAGAGGUCUUGCGCCAGAUACACAUCAUUCUAGGAUCGGCAGACUUCUUGGGCAAUCCAGUUGGCCUGUUCAACAGCGUCAGUUCCGGCGUGGCAGACAUCUUCUACGAGCCGUACCAGGGUCUUGUGAUGACCGAUCGACCUCAAGAGUUAGGUAUUGGCAUCGCCAAGGGUGCGAGCAGUUUCGUCAAGAAAUCUGUUUUCGGAUUCAGUGACAGUAUGGCGAAAUUUACGGGCUCUGUGUCCAAGGGUCUCGCCGCGGCGACCAUGGACAAGGAGUUCCAGGAUCAGCGACGAAUGUCAAGAAAUCGGAACCGGCCGAAACAUGCGUUGUAUGGUGUUACCUCCGGUGGAAAUGCCUUUGCGGCAAGCAUGGCAAGUGGUAUUGGAGGCUUGGCGCGUCAUCCACUUGAAGGUGCCGAGAAGGAAGGAGCUUUGGGUUUCGUCAAAGGUGUUGGCAAGGGUUUCUUGGGUCUGGCCACCAAGCCUGCAAUCGGUGCUUUUGAUCUGGCGUCCAACGUGGCCGAAGGCGUUCGCAACACCACGACGGUGUUCGACCAGGAAGGUUUGGAUCGUGUCCGCUUGACACGGUUCAUUGGUAUGGAUGGUAUUGUGAGACCUUAUGCCCAGCGUGAAGCCCUCGGCCAAUUCUGGCUCAAGACCUGUGACGACGGCAAGUACUUCAACGAGGAUUACAUUGCGCAUCUGGAGCUGGAGGGACGCGAUAUGAUGGUCAUGAUCACAUACGACCGCAUUCUGAUGAUUCGGACUAAGAAGCUGAGGAUGGAAUGGGAGGUCAGGUUGACAGAUGUACAGACCAUCAGUAAGGAGAGAACUGGUAUGAGUAUUGGUUUGAAGGGUGGUGCGAAUGGACCGUUCAUCCCAGUGACGGAUGAAGGCAGUAGGAACUGGCUGUACAAGCAGAUUGCCAUCGCUGUGAAUGCUUUCAACGACAAGUACAACGCCAAAGGAUGAAUGAGACAAUGAUGACACUGGAA